AUGAGCAAAAUUUCUCAAGAGGCCUUUGAGUAUCUUAAUAAACUGAGGCAGAAUCCUAAAUUGGCCAUCCCCAAAUUGCAAGAGCAUUUAAAGCUUUUCAAAGGGAAUGUCCUCUAGAAACCAGGAGAAAUACCACUUCAAACUAAUGAAGGUCCUAAAGCUGUCAAUGAGUGCAUCUCCUUCUUAUAAAAUCAGAAGCCACUUAAUCCUUUGACUUGGAGUAAAGGAUUAGAAUGUGCAGCCAGAGAUCAUGUUAAGGAUACAGGACCAAAAGGAGUCACAGGUCAUACAGGCACUGAUGGAUCAUCCAUGAGUGACAGAAUCGAAAGAUAUGGAGAAUGGGAUGUUACUGUUGGUGAAAACAUCAGUUAUGGAUAAACUACAGGAGAGGAUGUUAUCAUUCAAUUGAUUAUUGACGAUGGUGUUUCAUCUAGAGGACAUAGAAAAAACUGCUUUAAACCAGAAUUCGGAGUUGUAGGCAUCUACGAUGGAGAACAUAAAUAAUACAAAACUUAAUGCGUUUUUGAUUUUGCAGGAUCCUUCGAAGAUAAACCAGGACUUGAUGCCAGUGCACCUUCCCAGAAUGCCUCAUAGCAAUAACCAGAACAACAAUAAAAUAGAUAACCAGAUGCACCUCCUGCCUAGCCUUAAGCCAAAGACCCUGAUGAUAAAAUAACUUAAGAUGCCUUCAACUAUUUAAAUCAAGUCAGAUAAAAUCCCACUCUCCCUAUUCCAAAACUAUAAAAUUUGAUGAAACUAUUUAAAGGCAGUGUUCUUUAUAAACCUGGUGAAAUCCCUUUGCAAACCAAUGAAGGCACCAAAGUUAUAUAAGAAUUAAUUGCUUUUUUAUAAAAACAACAGCCUCUGCAUCCAUUAACAUAUGAAAAAGGAUUAGAAUAAGCUUGCUCUGAUCAUGUUAAGGACACUGGACCUAAAGGUGUUUGUGGUCACACCGGAACUGAUGGUUCCUCACUUUCUGACAGAAUCGAAAGAUAUGGAGAAUGGAAUGGCAAAAUAGGAGAGAACAUAAGUUAUGGAUAAAAAACAGGAGAAGAUGUUAUAAUCUAGCUAUUGAUUGAUGAUGGAGUUGGUUCAAGAGGACAUAGAAAAAAUUGUUUUGGUUAAGAUUUCAAUCUUGUUGGAAUUGCUGCAGGUGAUCAUAAAACUUAUUAAUCUUCAUGUGUUUUUGAUUUUGCAACUGAAUUCACACCACAAGGACAAUAACCUAAAUAAUCAGCGAGUAACUAAGGAAAAACAGUUGUCUUGGGAGGAAAGGGAGGCCACGUAGGAGCUGCUCCUUAAUAAGAAGAUGAAGAGGAGGAAUAAUUGCCUCCUGGAUGUGUAUCAGUUAGUACAUCAUCAGCUGUCAGUAUGAAAGGUGGACAAAAAGUUACAAAAAUUACAAAGACCUAUAAAUUCAAGGAUGGAUCUACCAAGAUAGCAGUCCAGACCAUCACAGAUGGAUGAUAUUUUAAUAAAUCAAUUAAUAUUCAGUUAUUUCU